AUGAAGUUCAAGGCGUUUCUGACUGAAAACGGAGUGAAUCUCUUAGAAAAGAGGUUUCUUCCAGCAUUCGACAAACUCGGCAAAACCUGCUUCCUCUUCCUCACGAAAGAGCACUUGUUCUUCCUCCACAACCUUCUCAACGGCGACGGAGUCCAAUGCAUCGCUCAGUUCCGCAAAGACGCUCUCUUCGACGACUACCACGUCUCCAGCCAGAACGAAGACCGCAUCGCCUUCUCCCUAGACGUCUCUCUCCUCCACCGAGCCGUCAAGAGCAGCGUCAGCAUCUGCACCGAGUUCAGCGCCGGAUUGGCUUCAAACUCAAACAGACUCCAGAUCAAGCUCGUGAAGAAGCUCCCUCCAAACUGUACACAGCCAAUGCCGUUCCUCACGUUCGAAACGAAAGGUUACAAAUCCGCAGUGAUUCAAGACGUUCCCAUCUCGAGACCGCUCUCUCGUUCUCAGGUCAUCGAGCUGCAAACCGCUCUCGACUCGGCUCAAGACCUGCCUCCGACUCUUGUUCAGGUGCAGGACCCGAACCAGCUGCAGAACUUUGUGGACCGUAUGAGACAUGUUGGUGAUGUGCUUAAUGUUACGAUAAGCAAGCAUGGUGAUCUUCAGGUGCAGAUCUCGACGGCGUUGGUUAGGCUCGGCUCUGAGUUCCGGAGGCUUUCGGUUAUCGGUGAGAAGUCUCCGGCUCCUGUUGAGGAUAGGAACUUGACCGCUCAGGCUCGGUCAGAGCGAGCGGUUGCUAGAGGCGAUGCUAUGUCUGUGCAAGUGAGUGUGAAGCAUUUCUCAAAGAGUCUUCAUUGUCACUUGACUAAACCGGAUUCAGCUUUCUAUGGGAUUGCUCCUCAAGGCUCUUGCUUGACUGUCAUCUUCCAGUUCAUGGUUCCGGGGACUCGUCAGACCGAUAAAUCCAUCAGUCUCCAUUGCCGUCUUCCCGUGCUCGAUCCAGGCUCCAACUGA